GAGUCAUCUCCUUUUGAAUAAACCGUCGGGUCGGUAACUAAAAUAGAUCUACUACUCUUCUCUUCUCUCCCCGAAAACAAAAGCCUAAUCCUGGUUCUGGUUCUCGAUCUAUUGUUACUCUGUUUCGAAUUCCUAACUUAACCUUGUUUCUCAUCAUCCAUUACUCUCGUUCUCUUUGAUUGGCUCAUCUCAAUUGUGCCAAGGUUUAGGGUUUCAAGACAAACAUAUCAAUGGUCGUUUUCUCUGUAAAGCCUCUUUUCAGCGUUUUCCUGGUCGUCCUCUCUCUACUUAUUGCUGUGGUAGUCUUAUUUCCUUCGGUCCCAUUUUCUGAAAGCUUAAUUGCACAGAGUUUACAACGGUCUACUUCUCGUCGUGGGAAGCUGGACAUAUGGAGUGUUCACAGAGUCUUAGAAUGGAGGCCUUGUAAAUGGUGGCUAGAAGGAGAUCCUGCCGCUCUAUCGGCGAAGAGUAAUGGAUAUAUCAGAGUGGAUUGCUAUGGUGGACUUAAUCAGAUGAGACGUGAUGUGUGUUUCUUGUGUGAUGGAGUUGGUAUUGCUCGUUUGUUGAAUGCAACUCUGGUUUUGCCAAGGUUUGAAGUGGCCGCAUACUGGAACGAGACAAGUGGUUUUGCAGAUGUAUUUGAUGUUGAUUACUUCAUUCAGAAAAUGAGUGGUUUCAUAGAAAUUGUCAAGGAGUUGCCGGCAGAGAUAGCAUCAAGAGAACCCUUUCGAGUGGACUGCAGCAAACGUAAAGGCCAAUUUGAUUAUGUUGAAAGUGUUCUUCCUUUGCUGGUGGAGCACCAUUAUAUCUCAAUCACACCGGCAAUGAGCCAAAGAAGGGAUAGAUAUCCUUUGUAUGCAAAGGCUGCUCUCUGCCAGGCUUGUUAUAAUGCUUUGCACCUUACCAAAGUCUUGGAGAAGAAAGCUUCUGAGCUUCUGGAUGCAAUACCUAAACCUUUUCUCUCUCUUCACCUGCGGUUCGAACCUGACAUGGUAGCUUAUAGUCAGUGUGAGUAUCAAGGCCUUUCUCCUGCAUCCUUAGAAGCCAUUGAAGCUGCACAGGGGGAUCGAAAACCCUGGACUGGAGAUGCAGCCCGCAUUUGGAGAAGCCGUGGGAAGUGUCCCCUCACCCCAAAGGAGACAGCUUUCAUCCUUCAGGCACUUUCUAUCCCAACAAACACAACCAUUUAUCUAGCUGCUGGCGAUGGCUUGAUGGAAAUGGAAGGGUUAACAUCUGUCUACAACAAUGUGUACACAAAAUCUGGCCUUCUAAGUGGUGAAGAUUUUACAAGCAUGCAUGGGAACACAAAAGCUGCCCUAGAUUAUUAUGUGUCCAUCAACAGCGACUCAUAUAUAGCUACAUAUUUCGGGAAUAUGGAUAAGAUGGUAGCUGCAAUGAGAGCAUUUAAUGGAUUAUAUAAGACUCUCUUCCUAAGCAGGAGAGCGUUUGCCCAAUUCACCUCCCAGGAACUGAGAGGGAAGGAGUUAGUUGAAGCCCUCUGGAAGGUUCACAGAGAUGAUUUUGUUAUUGGACGGGGAUCUGCCUUGCCUGAUUGCUUUUGUGAAUUUAAAUUGUAAUUUAUGCCCCGAGUGUUGUCAAACUGUGUUGCUAUUUUUUUUGCCUUGAUUUAUGAUGAAUUUUUCCCUUGAUGUUUAUAGAAAACAGAGAAGCCCAACUACCAUGUAUUUCAAAUA